AUGAUGUCGAUGCAAAACUUCACCCACACCCUCAAGCAAAUUAUUGAGUUGAAAUUGAAUCAGUCAAAGCAGAAAUUUUUAUGUAUCGAUACAAAAGAUAAGAAAAUGGGUAGUGAUACUAUUGCAGAAAUCAAUUUUUUUAGUCAUACAAUCGAUGGUUGUGCUCCAUGGAUGGAUAGUAAUCCUAAACUAGGAUGGACAACUACGAAUUAUGCACGAACACCACAACGAGUUACUAUUCAUGAUUUGCGUGGUAAAGAAAAUAGUGUUGAUCUUGAUAUUAAUGGUUUUGAAAUACUUAAAUAUGACGGUAAUGUACUUAAUGUAUUUGAUGAUAAUAGUGAAACUCAACGGUAUUAUUAUGAAGAAAUCGUUAAUAUACUCAAAAAGCGUUUGAAUGCUUCUCAUGUAAUCAUUUUCAAUCAUAUAACACGCUCUAGAGGACCAUCACGUUCUGUAGAUCAAUGUGAUUCAACUCAUAAGAAUCCAAUAUUUUAUCCACAUGUUGAUAAUGAUCCAUCGGGAGCUUAUUUUAAAUUAAAAGAAAUCGUUGGUGAAGAAGAAAGUAAGAAAAUAAUGCAAAAACGUUUUCAAAUUAUUAAUGUUUGGCGACCAUUGGGUUUGUAUCCUAUAAGAAAGAUUCCUUUGGCAAUAUGCGAUUAUCGUUCAUUAAAUCUUAACAACGAUAUUCAUUUGUCAGAAGUUCGAGGAACUGUUGCUACUGUUUCGAUUUACACGAUUUCACACAAUAGUCAAAAUACUCAAAAAUGGUAUUAUUUAAGCGAAAUGCGAUCAAAUGAAAUGUUUAUUUUCAAAAUUUUUGAUAGUAAAUCGGAUGUUGCUCAAUUUGGUGCUCAUACAGCUUUUAUCAAUGAGAAUGUUUCGUCAACACUUAUCGAACAAGAUAGUAUUGAAAUGCGUUGUCUUAUUCUUUAUUCUUCCGACUGA